CAAUUAUUUGUCGUUCAUUUCAGAUCAACUUUUCUCCACUUUCAAUUUAUUACUAUUAUAAGUUAACUUGUUUGAAUCAAUAAAAUAAAUUCAAUCAACUUCAACAUGAAUAAAUCAGUUAUUCCAAUUUCAAUCUUGUUAAUUUGCUUCAACAUUGUUUUUGUUUCAGCUCAUUUAGAAAGACCUGGUAAAUUCGUUGAUCAUGAUCGUACAGUAACCAAUUGUGCCCGAUACAAGAGAGAAGCCAAUCAACACACUUGUGUCCUCGCCCCAUUCACGACUGAAGGUCCAUACUUUUUACCUGAUGACUUUGAGCGAUCUGAUAUUACUGAUGGUCAAGUUGGCAUACCACUUGAUUUGACGAUUCGUUUGACUAAUGCCAGUGAUUGUUUGCCUUUAUCCGACUUGUAUGUUCACAUCUGGAAUGCCAAUGCUACAGGUCACUAUUCCGGUGUUCAAGAGUUCAAUAGCUUCCCUAAACCAACUUAUCGUCCAAAACCAAUUGAUGAUGUUCGAUUUCUUCGUGGCUUCCAGAAAACCAAUGAACAUGGUGAAGUAAACUUUAAAACGAUUCUUCCUGGUUGGUAUUAUGCUCGUUGUUUACACAUACAUGUUGAAGUAUACCAUAAAGCAGUUGCAGAAAGCGAUUCAAUAACUUAUAUUGGACAGCUUUACUUUAAGCGUGAAUUGCCAACACAAUUAAGACUAGUUGAACCUUAUUCACAAAAUACCAAUGAAAUCCUAUUGAAUGAACAAGAUAGGUUCUUCGCUGCAGAUCAUGGCCAAGACAAUAUCAUUGAGUUGAAAUCACAAGAUGGUAGUUAUACUUCUUAUGUCACUUUGGGAAUUGAUCCUGAUAUCAUGAUUUCUGUACAGUAAAAUAUAAAAAUUUAAUUUCGAUAUAUUCUAAUGUAUAUUAUGAGACAAAAUCAUUUAAAAUUUAAAAGGCAAAUAAAUCUAUUUUCAAUCAUC